AUGACCUCUUCUCACGUUUGCCCCCAAUGCCCCAAGACCUACCAAUCGAAGAAUGCAUUGAACAAGCAUUUCCGCAAGCACCAUAAUCCCAACUUACCUCCUGACCGCAAAGGCCCUGCUCCAUUACGAACAACAGCCGAGCGUCGUGCUUACCAGCGGCAAUAUUACCGGGAGAAAAAAGAAGCCAUUAAGCAACGCAAGAAUAAAAAAGCAUGGAUUCGCCGUGGUGAGGAGAUGGCAUCGGAUGCUGUAGAUGACGUGGCGUUAGCUGAAAAGAUUGCUCAAGACGCUUGCGACGACAUACUUACAUUACUCACUGAUGUUGAGCAACAAUCUUGGCGAUUCAAUCCUGAACGACACAGCUGGCCAUUGGUCGAGGCGAUAAUGUAUGACGUUGGAGUUCAAGUUGUCGAUCAUGCCUUGUUUGAAGAAUCGGUUGGAGUGUUUUGCAAGGAAACCUUUUAUGAGCUUGAUCCAGAUGAACGUCUUAAUGCACGACAAUAUGCCCUAGAUGCGCUUGUUCAACACCGUAAAGUGAUAGGUCAUUUAGCAUCCAAGUUCCAUGCUAUGGCGCUUUUGUGUACCUUUGGCUUGGAUUUACGCGUCGACUCUGACGGUGAAGAUUCUGAAGAUGGCGACGAACAAGUUGCGUGUGAAGUAGAUGGAGGCAAUGAAGGUGACCAGCAUGUGUCAUCUGAAGUGCAUGGCAAUAGUGGUGAAGAGGCUUCUGACGUGUCGGUUGUGUCGAGUGGUGAGAGUAGCCUUUCAGAAGGUCUGGUGUUGACAAGAAGCCAGCGAAGAGCUCGCGAUGCUGAAAGAUUGGUAGUUUCAGAAGCUGACAAUGGCGACGAUGGCGAAGUUGGAGUGGUGACAAGAAGCCAAAGAAGGGUUGGAGGACAUGUAUAG